AUGAACUGGAACAUAUUGGACGUGGGCGUGGUCUUGGGCGCCCUCGCGGACGUAGUCAUGGAGCAGGUUGACACCGAAGGCGAUAUCCUCAGGCAAACUUCGGUGCUACGCCUUAUACGCUUGCUGCGAGUGGUCAGGGUGUUGCGUAUACUGCGCUCUUUCGUGUACCUUCGCGACAUGCGGAUAAUGGUUUCCAUGUUGUGCAGCGCUUUGGUGCCUUUGGCAUGGAUCAUUUGCAUCAUAGGGCUACUAUGUAUGACCGUCGCGAUCUUCUUCACGGACGGAGCAUCUGGAUUCUUACGCGAGCGUGGGGCUAUUGGUGCACCCAUCGAAGAUGAGCGACUCAGGCACUACUAUGGCGACCUCUUCCGCUCCAUAUGCACACUGUACAUGUCGAUCACGGGCGGGGUGGACUGGGAGGACGUCGUGAUACCCUUGGAGCGAGUGUCCGUGCUGUACGUGAUGUGCUUCUAUGUGUUUAUCGCGUUCUCCACGUUCGCUAUGCUGAAUGUCGUCACGUGGUGGCGGAUCUUCAUCGACAGCACAAUCCAAAGGUCGAAGAACGACCGUGAGUUUAUUAUCCACAACGAACUAGAGGGCAAGCGCGAGUUCGUCAGGACGAUGGACGCUCUCUUCGCUGAGCUGGACUACGACCAGCGGGGGGAGAUAAGCGUCGAUGAUCUGCAGAAGCAUUUGAAAGUGCCAAAGGUGGACGCAUACUUCCGGACAAUGGACCUCGACAUCGGUCAGGUGAAGAAGUUCUUCACCUUGCUGGACGACUCCGACAAGUCGGGCACCAUUUCCCGGGAGGAGUUCAUUGUCGGAUGUUCCCGCCUCCGAGGGGACGCCAAGGAUUGA